UUUUAGUGUCUUUUUUCUGAGCCAGUCCACGGCUGGAGGCGCCAUCUUGAAAGACGAAUUUUGUCGAUAAAAACGACUAAAAGGUUAAAAGCAGCAGGAUGUUGUAUCUGGAGGACUACCUGGAGAUGAUCGAGCAGCUUCCCAUGGACCUCCGCGACAGGUUUACGGAAAUGAGGGAGAUGGACCUGCAGGUUCAGAACGCAACAGACCAGCUGGAGCAGAAGGUCACAGAGUUCUUCAUCAACGCCAAGAAGAACAAGCCGGAGUGGAGAGAGGAGCAGAUGGAGAUCAUCAAGAAGGAUUACUACAAAGCUCUGGAGGACGCUGAUGAGAAGGUGCAGCUGGCCAAUCAGAUUUAUGACCUGGUGGACCGGCACCUGAGGAAGCUGGACCAGGAACUGGCCAAGUUCAAGAUGGAGCUGGAGGCCGACAACGCCGGCAUCACCGAGAUCCUGGAGAGACGGUCUCUGGAGAUGGACAGCCCGUCUCAGCCCGUCAACAACCACCAUGUCCACUCCCACAGCAGCUCAGAGAAGAGGAAGUACACCGCCCCGACCCACCACACCACCGAACACGUUCCAGAGAAGAAGUUCAAGUCUGAAGCUCUUCUGUCCACGCUCACAUCGGACGCCUCCAAGGAGAAUACUCCAGGUUGCCGUGCCAACAGCACGUCCUCAACCACCAACAGCGUCUACAGCGCGAACCCGUCCCAGCCGCUGGCGUCCUACAGCCUGUCGCUGCCCGCCGGGCCCGGCGCCGGAGCCGGCGCCAUCACCAUGGCGGCGGCCCAGGCCGUCCAAGCCACAGCUCAGAUGAAGGAGGGCCGACGGACCUCCAGCCUGAAGGCGAGCUACGAGGCGAUCAAGAACAAUGACUUCCAGCUGGGUCGGGAGUUCUCUCUGACCCGGGAGAACUCGAGCUACUCUUCAUCGGCGCUGGCCUCCACCCUGACCCAGAACCUGACCCCCAGCGCCGCCUCUGACUCCCGCGGACGAAAGUCUAAGAGCUCCAUCAAGUCUUCCAACCACCAAUCGUCUUCGUCGUCCUCCUCUUCCUCACUGUCUUCCUGCUCGUCUUCGUCGGCGCUGGCCCAGGAGCUUUCCCAGCAAGCCGCGGUUCUGCCAGAGCCCGAUGCCAACAGCCAAGUGGACUGGACCUACGACCCCAACGAGCCGCGAUACUGCAUCUGCAACCAGGUUUCCUAUGGAGAGAUGGUCGGCUGUGACAACACAGAUUGCCCCAUUGAGUGGUUCCACUAUGGCUGCGUGGGGCUGACCGAGGCACCCAAGGGGAAGUGGUUCUGCCCCCAGUGCACGGCCGCCAUGAAGAGGAGGGGCAGCCGCCACAAAUAGACCAAUCGCAGUUUGGACUGUGUCUCAUCAGACUUUGCUCCCUCACUGCAACUAAAAGAACUACAAACUCUACUGGACUACAACUAUGGAGGCCUCUGUGGUUCAAAUGGACAGUUUCUGAAUGUAGUGUGUGUGUGUGUGUGUUAAAUAAACUGAGGAUGUUUUCUA